GUCGCGAGGUACGGAUCGUAUGAGAAACGAGGUAUACGUCGACUGAUCUUCGCGAGUUCAUAAUAACGCUUACCGUGCCAGAGAAACCGAACGACGUGCGUGUGACGCGUACGUUGCUUUCUACGCUCCUUUCGAGGAAAUACGGUCGCUCCAGAGCGACGUGCGUUCGCGUUUCAGAAACAUUUGCUGGUGUGCGAACCAAUCCCCCUUCGCGUUUUGCACUACGAGUGAGGACGAGAGAACACCUGUGUGAAACAAACGUCGUCGAGGGAGUUUAGAAAUGAGAAAUCUUAUGGAGAAACAGCUGUCCUGGCUUGCCCUGCUCGUCACUACGUUCUACUCCCUGCUUGGCAGUUGUCGGAGCCAAGAGUGCGGACACGAAAGGCUGGUGAGGUGUGGAAGGCCCCUCGAGAGAAUCAACAACAACGACUUGAGCUUCGCUGUGAAAAAGGAGGAACUUCAGCAACUAUGCCCAGACUUCCAGACUGGCAUGAAGUGCAUCCAGACGUACACGUUCGACUGCAUGCAGGAGAAACAAAGGGAGCACUUCAACUUAUUGUACGCGGGCACCAACCAGGUGGUCAUGGAGCUGUGUCAAGAUGGCCCUUAUCAGGACGAAUUCCUGAAGCACGCACCCUGCAUGCACAAGGUGCAGCCCGAGUACGAGCUCUGCUACAAGAAAUACCAGAAAACUACCCAAGAGAUCGAAAGGAGAAAUCACACGGCGAGCCUGAACGGAUCCCUCAAGUCGCUGUGUUGCGGGUUCCAGGAGUUUUUGGAAUGUUCGCACCAUACGGUUCGCCGGCAAUGUGGCGAUGACACAGCUCAAUUCGCAAAGGAGUUUCUUGACAGAAUGUCGAGCUGGCUUUUGAGGGUACAUUGCGCGCCUUACACCGGGGAUGUAUGCGCUAUCGGGAGCGACGCUGGUGUGUUCAGGGUGCAGGCCAUGUUGAUGGUGAUUCUGGCGGUACUCGCGAGGUACUUCACGUAAGCGAUUAGGCGGCACUCGUAGCC